AUGGCGCAAGCGCAGGUCGGACCCUCCAUUGUCGUGGGCGUGGACUUUGGAACCACAUUCAGCGGGAUCGCGUGGGCCUUCGAGGGAUCAAUUGGCGAUGUUGAAGUUUUGUCCACCUGGCCUGGUGGAGGCAGCAGGAAUUCCGUGAAAGCCCCCUCGAGCAUCUCCUACGGAACUCAAACCAUCAGAUGGGGGUACCAGGUGGGGCCAUUCGCAGAGGCCUUCAGAGGCGUCAAGCUUCUACUCGAUAAGAAGCAGGUGACCACUUACACCCCGUCUUUGGCUUGUAAGAAGCUGCUCGCCAAGUAUAACAAAAAUGCCGUCGACGUGGUAGCGGACUACCUGGGGCACCUGAUUAAGCACAUGGAAGAAAUUCUCCAGCGACGUCUUGGAGUAGCCAGAGCAGCCAUGAAGAUGCGUUUUGUUCUCACCGUCCCGGCCGUUUGGUCCGACAAGGCCAAAGACUACACCUUGCAAGCUGCGAUGAAGGCAGGGAUCCCCCCUAGGGACGUCUCUCUCGUGGCCGAGCCAGAGGCUGCGGCUGUUUAUUCUCUUCGUGCUAUGCAGCCAAAUUCGAUUGCGGGAGACCAUGUAAUCAUCGUAUGCGAUGCUGGCGGCGGCACGGUGGAUCUCAUCUCGUACCGAGUCGCAAAGCUGGAGCCUCUCCUCCUUGCGGAGGUCGUCAAGGGAGCAGGUCGUAUUUGCGGGUCAAUGCUGUUGGAUGAGCGCUUUGAGAGCAUGCUCGAGGAAAGGAUGGGCCGUGAUAACUACGCCGCUCUGUCCGAGAAAUCGAAGGAAGCCGCAAUGUCCUACUGGCAACGUCAAGUGAAAACCAACUUUUGUGGAAAGUACGACGAGGAUUAUGCACACGUUGACUAUUUCAUCCCCAUUCCGGGAGCGCAGAAUGACCCGUCCGUUCCCAUCGAAGAUGGGUUCUUCCAACUAUCUAGUGAGGAUACUGCGAGUAUCUUUGAUCCCAUUGUUCGGGAUGUGGAAUCACUUGUUGCCGAGCAGGUCAAGGGCAUAAAGAAGAAGAAUCUGAGCCCCAAGGCAAUUAUCCUCGUCGGAGGCUUUGGCGCUUCUGAGUACCUAUUCCAUCGCUUGAAGGAAGCGAAUCCUACGGUGACUGUGAUGCAGCCACCUGACGCCGGUGCGGUUCAGCGAGGCCUUGAUGGGAAUCGGGUAGAAAGUCGCAUUGCCCGCCGCAACUACGGGAUUCAAUAUGCUCAGACGUUGGAAAAGACUGUAUCCGAAGAUAGCCCUGACAACAUGAUCUGGGAUAGACUUGAGGAGAAUUAUAAGUCCUAUGGUCAUAUGAAAUGGUUUAUCACGAAGUUCUCAGCCCUCUCCGAAAGCCAUCCGAUCAAACUCCCAUUUCAUUAUGCAAUUGAAAAAGGGAAUGUAGAAGGACUCAUUAACAAGAUCGACCUACUCUUCUGCGAUAACGACAGCGCCCCAGAAAUGAACAACGCUAAAAUCAUACGGCUAUGCACUGUGGAGGCCGACCUCACCAAAGUCCCUCGCAAGCUCUUCGAGUCAAAAUGCAACUCUAAAGGGGUGGAGUAUUUCAAAAUCAACUUCACUCUGGUCUUGAUUCCGACUUCGGCCUCCUUGGUGUUCCAACUGGAGUUCAACGGGGCGUCCUACGGGAGUGUCCGAUCGAAGUAUUAA